GUAAUCAAUGGUAUACCGAGUGAUAAGGACUUGAUAAGAAGCGAAUGAGAUAAGAUUACAUGUAAAGACAUUUCGCAAAUACGCUGUGACACAGGAAACCUCCCUCUGGGCGUUGUUGACACAUUCGAUCUGACACCAUGAGACUGCACUGUGUUGCUGCGGGGUUAAUUCUGAUAGUAGUUUUGACUUCUGCUACCAGCAUCCCUAAUUGCAAAUACACAGAUUGUAACAGUUGCAUCCAGGCAUCUUCUUGUAUGUGGUGCAUGAAAGCUAACAUUACUGAUGGUACAAAUAGGUGCAUUAGCAAUUUACAUUCUGAAGCCAGGGAAUGGAAGGAGAGCUGUGGACAAGAAAACGUAAUCGAGUAUGAGAAUUUUUAUGAUGCUGUGGAAGAUGAAGAUUUCUCUGAUACCACUGAACACAUAAUUCAAAUGAAACCACAGAAACUAAAGUUGCAACUUAGAUCUGGGGAGCCCUACAACUUAACAAUAAAAUACAGACAUGUCCAGAACUAUCCUGUGGACCUCUAUUACUUGAUGGAUGGAUCCAAGUCAAUGAGUGAUGAUAAGGAUAUGCUCUCUGGAUUAGGAAAUGAUCUUGCCGAGGGCAUCAAAAAUGUUACGACCAAUUUCCGUUUAGGUUUUGGCGUUUUUGUUGAUAAAAUGGUCUUGCCCUACGUAUCUACAGCACCUUUUGGGAAGCAGCCAUCUUGUGAAGUCUGCAACCCUCCAACCCUAACUCCUGGGAUAGAGCAAUUGUGUGUUCCCUGCAGUCCUCCGUAUGGAUUCAUAAAUUCCUUACCUCUAACUCAUAACAUUGCAGAAUUUGAAAGCAAAGUGAAGGAGGCACCGAUAGCUACGAACAAAGACUUCCCCGAAGGUGGUUUUGAUGCCCUGAUGCAAGCAAUGGUCUGUCAGAAAGAGAUUGACUGGAGGGAACAGUCAGCACGUGUCAUUGUUCUCUCUACUGAUGCUGGUUUUCAUUAUGCAGGAGACGGAAGGCUUGCUGGAAUUUUAACACCUAAUGACAUGACCUGCCACCUUGAUAAUAAUGGUACCUACACUCGCUCAAGGGAUUUGGAUUAUCCUUCUGUUUCGCAGAUAAAUGACAUGGCAAAUCAAAAUGGCAUUAGUUUAAUUUUUGCCAUAACUCAGGAUCAGGAACCUCUCUAUGUUAAACUAGCAGACCAUAUUUCUGGGGCCUCUUCUGGCAUUUUAGAGCAGGAUUCUUCUAAUAUAGUGCGUCUUGUUACGGGAAAAGUUGAGGAUAUCAUAAGCACUGUUAAACUGGAAGCAAAUGUGAAGGGUCCUGUAAAAAUAAAAUAUUUUUCAAAAUGUAAUGGUGAGGCCCUGAUGCAGAGGUCAAGUUGCAAGGGUCUUGUCCCUGGCAAUGAGAUAGAAUUCAUCUUAGAGUUUAAGCUCGAAGAGUGCCCAGAAAAAGAGGAAGAUUUCCAGCAAACAAUCAAGAUUCACUUAGGUGGACGACAGGAAACGGUUGAUGUUGACUUGACAAUGGCCUGCAGAUGUAAGUGUAGUGAACCUGGUGACAAGGGUUACAUUGAGAAAGCAAAACAGUGUUCUUACCAUGGCACAUACAAGUGUGGAAUUUGCGACUGUGACGAAGGGUACAAGGGCGUUGAUUGUUUGUGUGAAGACUUCGCUGAUGGAAGAAAUGGCACUUCUGAAGAGACUUGCAUGGGGCCAGAUAUGUCACUGAUUUGCAGCAACAGGGGUACCUGUGUCUGUGGAGUAUGUCAGUGUGACAAGGGAGAUUCUCCAGAAAAGAAAAUCAGUGGGACGUACUGUGAGUGCACUAAUUACCAGUGCCCAACAACAUCAGGGAAGUUAUGUUCAGGUCACGGAGAGUGCGUAUGCAACAAAUGCAAUUGUUCUGAAGGAUGGACAGGAUAUAACUGUGGCUGUGAAGAUAGUGAAGAUGGUUGUAUAGAACCAGGGUCAAAAGAAAUAUGCUCUGACCAAGGGGAGUGUAAGUGUAACAAGUGCAUCUGUAACCCAGGCUACAGUGGGAAAUACUGUGGCGACUGUCCGAAUUGUUCUGGGAAAUGUGUUGAUUAUAAACCUUGCGUACAGUGUCAAGCCUUCCAGACUGGAGAGUAUUCCCCUGAGGUUUGCCAGAGUAAUUGUACUCUCUUCAACGUUACCAAAGUCCCAGAAAUAAAAGCUGACCGAGACGAACAACUUUGUUCAUUCUUUGAUGAUAAUGAAUGCAGGUUUUUCUUCAUGUAUCGAAGAUAUGAUAAUGGAACAAUCGAAGUCCUUGUUCAGGAAAAUGUGGAAUGCUCAACAUCUGUGAAUAUGUGGGGCGUUAUCAUUAGUGUUCUGUGUACUGUUGUUCUCAUCGGUCUGGUUGCCCUUCUUGUCUGGAGGAUCACAGCUAGCAUUCAUGACAGACGUGAAUACCAGAAAUUUGUUUUGGACCAGCAGAAUGCUAAAUGGAGUGCUGGUGAGAACCCUUUGUACAAGAAAGCCACAACAUCUGUGCAGAAUCCUUUGUUUGGUGUUAACAAUGAAGAGUCAAGGUAAUUGCGUCCUGUACAUUAGGUAAUUUUCUUUGGUUCUUGCAAUGGAAUAACAUUAUCAUGCCUGCCAUAGGGACAAUUCUAUAAGAUACUAGAUAUGAAUUAGUAAUUACUUACAAGUUAACAGUUUUUGCAAGCUUACGUAGUGCACUGAAAAUUUAAAGAAUCUCCUUAAAAUGUAAAAAACAGUUUUAAAAUGUAAGUUUCAGCAGGCUGGGCUCUUGGUACAAAGUUCAAGACUGAGAAUUUGCUUGCUUCAGUAUCAUGUUUUUAGUCGUUCUGUGUUUUAUAUACAUUCCUUGUCAAAAGAAAUAACAAUUAUUAUAUAUUUGAACUGUAUACAACUGUACAUUUUCAUAAGCCGAAUUGUAGACAACUGUACAUUUUCAUAAGCUAGCCAGGGUUACAGUAAGAUUUUGAGGUAGCAUAGCCAAAGCUAGCCUGGUUGAUAUGCAAUUUGGAUGUGUAGUGCAAAUAAUCGAAGGGUUCUUGUAUUGUGCUCAUAUUUUCACAUUGAUAGAAGAUUGAAAGUUAUAUAUGGGGCAUGCAGGUCCAGCCCUCAGAAUAAAAAUAGGAAACAAUCAAUUGUACUUUAUUAUACAGUAUAUGUAUAUAGCUUUUAUAUAUAUGUACUAGACAUACAGAGAAGUUAAGUUUUAAAGGGAAACAUUAAAUACAUCCCAUAGUUGCUGUGCAACAGCAAUGUUAUGAUUAAAGAAUGCAUUUCAUACCUAUGAAAAAUUAAACUUUUUCCUUUCCUUGUCAGUAAAUGAAAACUGACACCUACUUAUAUCAUUAAAGAAAAUAUAACAAUAACAAAGUAAACCCUUUUACAUUAUAACUAAACCUAACAAGAUUUCUAUACAGAUAAAUCUUUUUGGUACUAAAAAAUUACAGAAGAAGUAAAGAAAAAGGGGGCAGGGGUGGGGGGUGUAGCAGCAAACUCCUGAUUUAAAUGAAAUUAUCCAAAAAGUUGGCUAAUCUAGGCAGAGGUUCCAAAUUGCAAAUGUCAACUAUAAACAAAUUAUACUUUCCAACAGACAUCAAAAAGCAUUAAAACAGUUGCAUCUACAUUCGGCAGUUAGCGGCUAAGUUGAGUUCGUGCCGAUUUCCUUAUUUUAACUCCCAUUUCUCUAUUGGUAGCCCUUACUCGACUCUUUUAUGAUGUACAAGAGUUUUAUUAAGUUGCUAAUUGUUAUUCAACAUACAUGAAUAACAUGUACAUAUAUCAACAAUAAACUUUUGAUAUCUAAAAUGAUUAACAGCAUUAAAUGAUUCAAAAGAUAGGUUUUCAUAAUUGGUAUUACUUGUAUGAUUAACAGCACCUUAUACUGUAUGUUAUCCAUUCAUCUCUUGAUAUCUGGAAAGACUUGUAAUAAUUCUGAUAUCUGGAAUGACUUGUAAUAAUUCUAACGGCAGACUUUCAAAUCAAUAUACUUCUUAAAAUUAUAGUAUCAGAAGCGUUUAUAUACAUCUACACAGAUAUUGUAUAUCAUAUUCUGCCUCCUACCCAGACAACAUUCUGUGACUUGGCACGUCAGGCAGAACUCUUUCAGUGCCAUAAUGAAUACCUCCAAUGUGCCUUACAACAAUGAAUGUACAUCAAGUGUUUUGUAAUAUUGAAUGUACCUAUACUCUGCGUUGUAUUUAUGAAUAUACAUCUAAUCUAA